CGCUCUUUAUAUCUCAGACCAUAUACACAUAAAAACAGCAAUCAACUUAUUGCAGUUCGAAGAGGAAAAGAAAUGGCGGAUAGCAACGUGAAGGUACUGGGAACAUGGGCAAGCCCGUUCGUGAUGAGGGUAACAAUCGCCCUUCACCUCAAAUCCGUCGACUACCAGUACAUAGAAGAAAAUUUGCUGGAAGCCAAAAGCGACCUUCUUCUCAAAUCAAACCCUAUUCACAAGAAAGUCCCAGUCCUCAUCCAUGGCGAUAAGCCCGUCUGCGAGUCUCUCAUCAUCGUUCAGUACAUCGACGAGUUCUGGUCCUCCUCUCAGCCUUCCAUUCUCCCUUCCGAUCCUUAUGAACGCGCCCAGUCUCGAUUCUUGGCCGCCUAUGUCGAUGACGAGUUUUUUCCGGCCCUGAGAAUGGUUUUGGUGAGCACAACGGAGGAAGCUGCGAAGGCGGCGAUGGCGGAGGUGUUAGAAGGAGUGGUGGUGUUGGAGGAAGCGUUUAAGAAGUUGAGCAAAGGGAGAGCUUUCUUCGGCGGAGACGACUUAGGGUACGUGGACCUUGCGGUGGGCAGUUUGGUGGCGUGGAUUAAUGUUAUCGAGAAAUUUACGGGGGCUAAGUUGUUGUCGGAAGCUAAAACUCCGAGCUUGGUGGCGUGGGCAGAUUGCUUCUCCUCCCAUGCGGCGGUGAAGGAUGUUUUCCCCGACGUUGAUAAGCUUGCUGAUUUUGGAAUGAGGUUUAAAGCCAAGAUAUUGAAUGCGGCGGCGGCGGCAGCAACCAAUUGAUUUUUCAGUUGAGCAGAAGUGUUUUUUUUUAUCUGCUUUGUCCUUGUUUGCACUACUUUGUCGUUGAGUGAAUCGAGUUGGGUUUGAAUGUGUUCGGGGGUUGGGUAUAGUUAUGUAAAUGGAUCAAGUUUUGGGUGAA